CCCGGCGAUUGGGCGGCGCCCGUCGGCCCAGGGAAGAAGGUGUACGGCGGUUGGGCCGGGUCAGGAAGGGCAGGUUUUAAAGGAGCCGGAGGUGGGAGCAGUCAGAGAACCGGGAUCUGCGGGAGGCGGCGGGAUCUGGCAAGGCUGAAAGUCCGAUAGUGGGAACUGUUGGGAAGAAGUUGAAAAACUUGCGAGGUUGAAAGCUCUUGAAUCGGUCUGAGGGGAAGAAAAUAGUUGCAAUUCGCUGGAGAGGAGGAAAGUCACUGAGGGAAGCUAUUUCAAAGAACAUCCUCCUCCUACCCCCAUGAAGGAAGUUUUUGAGGGAACUUAGGAGAAGGUGCAGGAUCAGAGGCACAAAUUUUAUGGUACAAAGACUUGUAAUUGAUGGAGAGGGACAUUUUUCUUUUUUAAAAGAGAUGGUUGGGCGGGCUCCCCCAAGGAUUGGGUGGGAGAAUCUUUGAGUGUAUAUAUUAAGACUUCUGUAAGGGUCCAAGCAGUUGUGAAAAGAGUAAUUCCUCUGAGGAGACAGGUACAUCUUUUAAAGGUUCCCAGGGAGGAAAAGAUUCUAGGAGAAUGCCUGAGGAAUUAGCCUGUAGGCUGCAAUCCGUAAUGGACUCCUUCAAGGAGAUGGGUAUAGUAUUCUGGGAGUGAAAGGAUUCUCCAGGAAAGAUUAAAGGUAUUCUUCAAUGCCUAGCAAAGAGGGUGCCAUGUUGGGGACAGCCCUAGAAGAUGGGCUGACCCUUACUCCCCUCCCCCACCCCAGGCUGCAGCCAGGGGUUAAACCUGGGACCCUUCAGGGACUCCCUGAAGCUAUCGCUAUCCCUAUGGACUUGCCCCAAGAUUCCAGUCAGCCUUCCCUCAACCGGGAACCACUGGUCAGAGCACCAUGGGAAGCAAGAACUCGCAAGAGGCCAAAGCUGCAGCAGCAGCUUGGAGAACCCAAGCUGAGCCAGAGGGUGGCAGGGACUCCAUCACCCCUGGAGAAGGCUUCUCAGCGGGUCCUCACAGUGGUGCUGGAGGAUGUCAUUGCUACCAGAAUGUCCCAAGAGAUUCUUCCUGAAAUGCCCUCAACCACACCACGACGGAGCAGUAGACUAGAAUCCAACCGCUCCCAGCCUUCUAUCUCCCCACUUGACCAGUCUUCUUGGAGCCCUCAGUCAAGACCUCCUGACUGGUCUACCCUAUGCCGGCAGCCACUGACUCGAGCUCCAAAACGUACUGGAGUCCAGAGGAGGAGGCCACUACAACUGGGAACAUCCAGGCGGGGGGCUGAGGAGAACCCUCCAGACCAAGAUAAAACCUCCCAGCCAGCCCUGCUUGUGAUGUUGGAGGACAUUAAGGAUCCUCAGUCUCCAGUGAAGGCCCAGGAGAGGCUGGGCUUCAACAAUGAGACUGAAGACCCAGGGAUCUCAGCAUGCAGAGUUGAUCAUAUGACAGCUAUUCACCAAUCAAUGCCUUCUUCCAUGGAUUUGGAUUCAGUGUUUCGGCAGGCUUCUCCUGUGGAUCAUUCUGAUUGCAUUUUGCCAGGCUCAGACCCAGAGAGCCCAUCUCCCCCACCCUCCAGCCUCUUGCGGCCACGCCUAAGCCCUUGGGGCCUGGCACCCCUCUUCCGCUCAGUCCGCUCUAAGCUAGAAAGCUUUGCUGACAUCUUCCUCACCCCAACCAAGACCCCCCAGGCCCCACCCACAAUCCCCACAUCCCCAGCCUCACCUAUGAAGCUGGAACUGAAGAUUGCCAUCUCUGAAGCCCCGGAGUCUGGGAGAGUCCGGGUAGAGGAGGGGGAGGGGCCUGUAAGCCCCCGUCCCCCCAUCCGUCAGUGGAGGGCUCAGGGCCCUGGCCUCCCUGCUACUCCUAGGCCUUCUUUGGGUCGAAGCCACUCCUGCCCGGACCUGGGACCUCCUGGGGAAGGGGGAUGUGCAUGGUCAGCCUUCUCUCCACAUCCAAAUAGGCCUAGACCCAGAAGGCAUACAGUUGGGGGUGGGGAGCUGGCUCGGGCCCCACCACCUUCUCGACCUUGCCUUCGAAAAGAGGUUUUUCCCUUGGGAGGGUCAGGCGUAUCCCCAAACAUUGUUGCCACCUGCUCUCCUGCUGCUUCUUCUUCCUCUUUCUCGGACCUGCCAGAAUCCAGGAUUUGUUCCCCACAAGGCGGGGAGCAACGCCGUCCUGAACACAUGGUGCUGUCAGACUCUGAGACCAAGGCAGUAGGAAAAGUCUCCUGCUUUAGGAUCCGAAGGACACCCUCUAGGACUCAGCCCAACCUCACUCCAAUGGGGCUGCCUCGGCCAAUCAGGUUGAAUAAGAAGGAGUUCAGCCUAGAGGAAAUUUACACCAAUAAGAAUUAUCGGUCCCCUACAGCCAAACGGUCCUUUGAGACUAUCUUUGAAGAACCACGAGAGAGAAAUGGAACCCUGGUCUUCACAAGUUCCCGGAAACUUCGUCGAGCAGUGGAAUUCCGAGAUUGCAGCCUCCCCCGGCACCGAAGACCUUCCAGGGCAGGUCGACCUACCCCAGGCCGAGUCCCUACCCCUGACCUGGGACCUUUGCUGCAGCAGAGACUGGAAGAACUAGAUGCUCUGCUAUUGCAAGAGGAAGAGGAGCCAGGCAAGGACUAGGAGCUUUAGUUUUUAUGUCCAGAAUCUCGUCCGUCCAGCCUUGGAUAAUGGACCUUGCCCUUGGGAGGAAGGGUCCUGGAAAGGGGUGUUCAGCCAGGAGGCUGUUUUUCUCCUUAAUUUCUAGUAAAGUUUUUCAUAUGA